AUGCGUAGAGAACAUUGUGAUUCUUGGGCUGGCCCUAAACUGCAAACUUAACCACACUUCUUAUUUUGACCGAAAACAUUACUUUUAUGCUGACUUGCCGGCAGGCUACCAGAUCACUCAGAAAGAUCAUCCGAUCGCCUUAGAUGGCUACUUUGAUUAUGUCUGGCCAAUAAUUGGUUCUGUGGUUACGUCUAAUCAACAUUGUUCGGAGGACUCGGUUAAUUCAAGCUUAAGAAUCUCAAGAGCUCGCAUCCUUCGUCUGCAUCUGGAGCAGGAUGCCGGCAAGAGCGUUCACGAUCUAUCAAACUCUCGUAGUCUGAUUGAUCUCAAUCGCUCAGGCGUAGGUCUAGCCGAAGUGGUGACUCAGCCCGACUUUCAUUCCGGUGUCCAAGCCGCCUCAUUCGUUGCCGAAUUGGCCAAUUUGCUUGCCCAUCUCGACGUAUGCUCCGCUGAGGCUGCUCUUGGCGAGCUGCGUGUUGACGCCAACAUU